UCGUUUAGUGGAUUUUCAGCAUUGGUGGUUUUACCGACUUACCUGUAUUAGUAUUAUUAUUUAAACAAUAUAUUUGUAGAAACGAAAUGACACGUUGCGAAAAUGAAACAACAGCUUGCAUUCGUUAUAUUGUUCACUUUCAUGUUAAAUUUCCUCUCGAACGUUCUUUCAAAAUGCCGUGAGAACACUUCAAUUCGUAUUGGAAUCAUCCUACCUGUAGAUGACGAUCGGCCGUUCGCCAUCCAGAAGGUUCUGCCAUCAAUCAGGGAAGCAUUGUUGAGUGCAGAAGUAAAAAAACUUCUGCCCAACUGCACUUUUAUUUUGCAUUCUAUGAACUCCAAGUGCAACGCCAUUGCUGCCCCUUUGGCGGCCUUCCAUCUGAUGGACGUCAAGAUGGUUCACGUGCUCUUCGGUCCCGUCUGUGAUUAUAGUUUAGGACCAGUGGCCAGAUACAGCCCCUUCUGGAAUGUUCCCGUGAUCACGCCUGGUGGGAUGGCUUAUGAUUUUGAUGUGAACAGGGGCACCUCUGAGUCAGAGUUUAAGAUGCUGACGAGGAUGGGCAUCAACAUGGACAACCUGGCCAUUGUAACAUACAGCCUGCUCAAUCAGUUCCACUGGAAGUCUGUCAAACUCUUAUAUUCAGACUACGGCUUCUCCGAGGUUAUAUCGAAAUUUUGUUACAUCGCAAUAAGCGCCAUCAGAGCCAAACUGACGGAACUGCUGCACAUUGAUGAGAAGAAAUUGGAGCAACACGAGGAGGUGGAAGACCUCAGCAAGAUACUGCUCGAGAGUGUGGGCAAUGAAUAUUCCAUAAUUCUCCUUUGUAACUCCCCCGAAACAAUUCGCAAACUCAUGUUCAUCGCCCACGACCUGAACUUUGACAACGGAGAAUAUGUCUUCAUCAACAUCGACCCCUUCAGCAAUCAGUCCCUGCUGUUGAGACCAUGGUACAGAGAAGAUGACACCGACGAACAGAAUGAAGUGGCUCGCAGGGCCUUCGAAACUGUCCUCACCAUCACACUGAAGAUCGUGCAAGGUCCAAACUAUGAGAACUUCUCAAGGAUCAUCAAGGAGAAAGCCAAUGAAUUCUUCAGUGAAACGGUCUUCACGGAGAAGGAGGAGUUGAACGUCUUCGUGCCUCUCUUCCACGACGCGGCUCUCCUCUACGCCCACGCCGUCAACGAGACCUCCCCGCAGGACUUCAUCGACCCCAGCAACGGGGCUGCCAUCCACGAAAAAAUGAAAAACAGAACCAUUAAAGGAGUGACGGGCGACGUAGUCAUCGACCACCAGAAUGACCGAGCAGUUGACUUUUCAAUAUUUGAUAUGGACCCACAAACUGGUGUAUUUGAGGAGGCCGGCGUGUUUUGUUCAAUUAAGAAUGAAUUGAUGAUGAAAAGAGCCAUACACUGGGGUGGUCUGCUGAAGCAUCACGAGGUCCCCUCUGCGGUGCCCAAGUGUGGAUACAAUAGAGCUCUGUGUCCAGAGGAGUAUAGCAUGUCGACGUUCAGCAUCAUCCUCAUAGUCGCCAUCUCCGUCAUCUUCAUUAUCGCCGGGGUGGCCGCGUCUAUCUGCUACAAAACGAACAUAUGGAAGCGGGCGGGCAGUCAGUCGAAUUGGCACAUCCGGUGGGAGGACAUCUGCUUCGACACCCAGGACAAGAGGAGGUUCGAGCACAACAACAACACGCUCAAAUGUUCGAUGAGCAGUUUGUUGACGCACGACUCCUUCCCCAUGAAUCACGCCGAUGAUAUGAACGUUAAGAUCGGCUCCUAUAAGGGCAGCCAUGUCGCGAUCAGGAAACUGACGAAGCCAAUAACACUGACCAAACGACUGACCAACCAACUGAAAACCAUGAAAAACUUGCAAGACGACCACAUAGUUAGGUUUAUAGGGAUGUGCCUGGACCCCCCCAACACCUGCAUUGUCAUGGAGCACUGCCACAAGAGAACACUCAAGGAGCUGUUAAGCAAUGAUCAAGUCAGUCUGGAUACCAUGUUCAAAGGCUCGCUCAUUCAAGACAUCAUCAUGGGCAUGGCGUACAUCCACGGGACGGACGUCCACUCGCACGGCAGCCUCAACACCCACAACUGCGUGGUGGACGGGAGGUUCGUCCUGAAGAUCACCAACUUCGGCCUGCACUCACUCAUUAACGAUGACGACGACGACUGCUACAACCACAGCGCUAACCAUGGAAACGUCCGUUACAGAUUAGCCAAUAAUUUCUUCGGUGUCGGCCAUCAUCAUCAUCACCACCACCAUCAUCAUCAUCAUCAUCUUUUGGACCGUCGAGAUCAUUAUCAGGAUAGUUGUAGGACCGCCAAGCACUCAAUGGAUCUGUUGAUGACUUCACCUCUCAUAAACAGCCGCGAGCUCGCCAGCGUUUGCAAUCAAAAUUAUCAAGAUGAAUUGUUUGUGGCCCCGGAACUUCUCAGAAAUCCAAGAAGGCCAAAACAAGGAACUCAAAAAGGAGACAUUUACAGUUUCGCGAUAAUCUGCCAGGAGAUCCUCUACAGGAGGGGGCCAUUCUGGAUCGAAAACAACACGCACACCGUCCGCGAGCUCCUGGACCUGAUAAAAGAUGGCGUGGAGCCGCACACGAGGCCCACGUUGGUCCAGCAGCAGUUGCAGGACGGUUUCACAGGGGAGUUGGUUGAUCUGAUAAGCAGGUGCUGGAACGAGAACCCGUCGAAGAGGCCUGACUUCAACAGUCUAAAGUGGAUGCUGAAGAGGUGCUUUGUCACCAGUGCUAGAGUUCCAGGCACGAGUCUACUUGACAACAUCCUCUCCAGAUUAGAACAAUAUUCCAUGAACCUCGAGAAGCUGGUGGAGGAGAGGACAUCCGACUAUCUGAACCAAAAAAGAAAAGCCGAAGAAAUCCUAUACAGACUUCUGCCUAGACAGGUGGCGUAUCAGCUGAUGGUGAAUGGAACUGUUGAGGCGGAGAAAUUUGAAUGUGUGACCAUCUGCUUCUGUGAUAUUUGCGGAUUCACUGCUCUCUCCGCCGCCAGCUCACCCAUGCAGGUGGUGACCAUGCUGAACGACUUGUACACGCGGUUCGACGUCCUCAUCGACAAAUACGACGUCUACAAAGUGGAGACGAUCGGCGAUGCGUACAUGGUGGUCAGCGGCCUCGACGGCAGGUCCGACACGAGCCACGCCACCGAGAUCUCCAAGAUGUCCCUCGCGCUUCUGGACGUCGUGAAGGCAUUUCGAAUAAUGCACAUGCCGGACGAGCAACUGAAGCUGAGAACUGGAAUUCAUUCGGGACCAGUCUGCGCCGGCGUGGUGGGGAUGAAGAUGCCUCGCUACUGCUUGUUCGGAGAUACGGUCAACACGAGCAUCGUCGUCCAAUCGGCCGCAGAACCCCUGACUAUCUUGGUCAGCGACCAGGCGAAGAUCAUUCUAGAUAAGUAUAACGAAUUCGACCUCGUUGAAAAGGGAAUGCUGCAGUUGCCAAGCAAGAACAGCGUGAUGACCUGGAGGCUUCUGGGUUCGAAAGCAAGCGCAGCCGACAGCACGACAACAACGAGGAGGUCACUUCUCUGGACCCUGGACGGACUUGACUCCAGUUACUGAAGCUUCAGAAGAAGGCACGGAUUCAUUGGCAAUCACUCCCCAACGGAUAAUCUCACUACCACUUAACUGUUUCAUUUCUACAACCUCCAUCAUUUCAAAGCGACCAAUAAUUUUUUACGUGGAUUUAUAAAAAUUAUUCGGUGUUUUCAAUUAAAAA